AUGGCCUCCGCCUCCACCAGUUCAAUGGCCAAGAAUGUGCCCGUCUAUCAGCCGCGAAACUACCAACUGGAGAUGUUUGAGGCGAGCAUGAAAGAGAACAUUAUCGUUGCAAUGGAUACAGGAAGUGGGAAAACGAACAUAGCUUUACUGCGAAUCAAAGGAGAGCUAGAGAGCGGUCGUCCAGGGAAGCUCAUUUGGUUCCUCGCGCCCACGGUCGCAUUGUGUGGUCAACAGCACCAAGUCAUCACCGAAAAUAUUCCAGCCGUUCGGACAAGAACACUGACCGGUGCAGACAAAGUGGAUCUCUGGACUGAUCAAACUAUAUGGGAUGGCGUAUUGAAGGACAUGCAGGUUGUGGUCUCGACUCACGCGGUUCUGGCAGAUGCGAUGACCCAUGGCUUCGUGAAGAUUUCUCAACUGGGCCUGAUCAUAUUCGACGAAGCUCACCAUUGUAUGCGUCGUCAUCCCGCAAACAAGAUCAUGCAGGAGUUCUAUCAUCCCACACUGGCUCGAUUAGGCCGGGAUGCUGUCCCUCGGAUCAUGGGCCUCACAGCCAGCCCUGUGGUCAGAUCGAAUCAAAUAGAUUUGCGUACGAUCGAAUCGAAUCUUGACUCAAAAUGCAAGACGCCUCGGAUUCAUCGGCAAGAGCUCCUCGAAUAUACCCAUAGACCCCAACUGCGACAGAUUUGGUACACCCCGCUAGAUGUCGAACCGGUACACGGUACCAAGUCCUUGGACGCCCUGAAAUAUGCGUGGGAGACACUGGACCUCUAUGACGACCCGUUCGUCCAGAAGCUUCAACACGACCCAUAUAAUCAAACCAAGCUGCAAAAAACGCUCCUAUCUCGCAAGACGUACUGCAACGAUCAGAUCAAGAAGCUGCUCGACCGCAGUGGCAGCCUCUUUCAUGAGCUGGGGGGAUGGGCUGCGGACUACUACAUACAUGAAUCUAAGAUGCAGGUACUGUCAAAGAUAUAUGAAUCAUCGGCGAUGGCAGACUGGGUGGACGCUGAGAAAGAUUACCUGAUUGGGUUUAUGAAUCGCCUGCCCGAGCCAGAUGUCUCGCUGGAAGACUUCCGUCUCUCGCCCAAGAUGGAGGCCUUGAUCGAGUUUCUGGAUACUAUGAACGACCCCGAGUUCUCGGGGAUCAUCUUUGUGAAGCAAAGAGUGACAGUCAGUGUCAUGGAGAGGUUAUUGUCGGUCCAUCCAGUGACUCGAUCUCGCUUUCGAUGCGCUUCAUACGUUGGCUGGUCCAACAACGGCGCACGCAAAGAGAUCAUCGGCGAGCUACUUUCUCGGAAGUCGCAGCACAAUACACUGGAUGAGUUUCGCGAGGGGCGUAAAAACCUUAUCAUUGCUACUGACGUCUUGGAAGAAGGAAUAGACAUCAGUGCUUGCAAGGCGGUCGUCUGCUACGACAAACCACCUAACCUGAAGUCUUUCGUGCAACGUCGAGGCCGUGCUCGACAGAAGAAAUCGGUAUAUGGGAUCCUGCUUUCGAGAGUCGAUGAAUCUGGAGACUUUGCGAAGUGGCAGGGUCUAGAGAAGGCAAUGAUCGAGACAUAUCAGGACGAGGAGAGACUUCUCGAGGAGGCCCGAUCGCUAGAGGAGCUGGAUGAGGAUGUGAAGGGAAGACUGGCGGUCGAGUCUACUGGUGCUGUUUUGACCACUGACGUUGCCUAUGCUCACCUCAAUCACUUCUGCGCCGUUCUUCCCCGUGAUACGUACGUCGAUAACGCACCUAAAUUCUCCUUUGAGACGAACCAGUUCGGCAAGCUGCAAGCCACGGUCACCCUACCGAACUGCGUGAAUCCUGCAGUCCGUCGAAUGACUGGCGAGCAGUGGUGGGGAUCGGAGCGAGCAGCAGUCAAGGAAACCUCGUUUCUGGCGUAUAAAGCACUUUACGAAUUCGGCCUGGUGACUGACAACAUCCUCCCGUUGAACAAGAAGCCGGAGCUCAGCCAGAAUCCAGAGCUCACGCAGUUUGAAAUGCGCGAGAUCCCGGCUAUGGUGGAAGUGUCGGAGCAGUACGACCCCUGGACGCAUUGGGCGUCUUCCUGGUUGAACCCCGACCUCCAUCAGACACGCAUUCAGGUGCGAAUGAAUCGUGAAAACAGCCCCGAACUGUACAUGAAUCUGAUUGCACCGGUUGCUUUACUCCCCAUGGCGCCAUUGGAGCUAUACUGGGACAAUAACACAACUUUUAUCUUGUCGUUCGAAACUCCGAAGCGAGCGAACGACAUAUCGGUUGAUGAUGUGAGAAACAUGAGAGAGGUCACCGCGGUGUAUCUCCAGGCCACUUCGAGAAAUCCAGGACUCGAUCGUGACUUUGUGACGUUGUUUACUCCGGACAUAGCUCAUGACGAAUUGGAAGAGUGGCUCCACGAAAACCAGGGGAAAGAGCGCGCGCUCGAUGCCUUCAACAGCAAUCGGGAUGAGAAGCUCAUGGGAAUUGUGCGUGAUGAAGGGCGCUCCGGCGACCUAUACGGAUUCAAGGGAUGGACUUCAUCGGAGGAAGAUCCUAGCAUGCUCGCACUCGAGUGUGAGACAUUUCCACGACGCCGAAACCUUCUAAGUCGACAGACUCUUGCUGUUAAUAAACCCGCGCUUCUGGGAAAACAUGAUGGCCCGGAUGACUUCGAUGCGGUCGCGAAGUUGCACGUUGUCUCUGCAAAGGACUGCACUGUUGAUAAGCUCCCUCUCACGGAUGCCGUCUUUGGAUUGUUCAUCUCUGCCAUCCUGCAUCGGAUGGAGACUCAUAUGAUUGCAACCAGCUUGAACGAGACUAUUUUGCAUAACCUCGGAUUCGAAGCCAUAGAGAAUAUACUCACUGCCAUAACUGCGCCCUCCGCGCAAGCCUCGACCGACUACCAGCGAUACGAGUUCCUUGGAGACUCUAUCCUCAAGUACGUCGUCAGUUGCCGGGUUUUCUAUGAGCACGGCAACUGGCACGAAGGAUAUCUCACUGAAUGGCGCGGCUCAAUCGUGAACAAUUCCCGUCUUGCACAGGCAGCUCUUGAGCUGGGGCUUGACUCCUUCAUCCUCACCAAGAGCUUCAUACCACGCCAUUGGAAAGCGCCACUGGUCUCCGAGAAGCUCAGACACGUCGCUGCCCAGCGAGACAUGUCCAGCAAGAUGCUCGCCGACGUCGUCGAAGCCCUGAUCGGCGCCGCAUUCAUCGAAGGCGGAUUCUUCCAAGCCGAAGCCUGUAUCCAUCGCUUCCUGCCCGAAGUGUCACCCCCGAAUCCCAACCCGGGCCCUAAUCUCCAAAGCCACGACAGCAACGGUACCAUCUCCAACAGCCCCCGCUACCUCAUGUACGGACCCCUCCAAGACCAAAUCGGAUACCGGUUUAACGCAACCAUCCUCCUUUUCGAAGCCCUCACCCACCCCUCCUGCCAACACGACGCCUUCACGCAAUCCUACCAACGCCUCGAAUUCCUCGGCGACGCCAUCCUCGACAUGCUCAUCGUGCCCAUCAUCUUGAAUGCCCCUAACCACUUCACCCCAGGCGACAUGACCCGCAUCAAGCACGCCGUCGUAAACGCAAACCUCCUCGCCUUCCUGUGCAUGGAAUUCGCCGUGCCCCGCGAAUCCACGGACGUCAGCCAAACACCCUCGGGCCAGUUCACGCUCCACUCGACCAACACCCCCGUCGAGCUAUGGCGGUUCAUGCGCUGCGACGGCGCCGAGAUGAGACGCGCACGCGACCUUGCACUGACCCGCUACGCGACGCUGAGAGAGGACAUCAUAAAGGGCCUAACCUCUGGGUCCCAUUAUCCGUGGGAAGCGCUGGCGAGUCUCAACGCGGAUAAGUUCUUCUCGGACGUCGUGGAGAGUAUAAUAGGUGCGAUCUAUGUGGACUCGGGCGGGGACUUGAAUGCAUGUGGGCGGUUCAUCGAGCGCAUUGGUUUGCUGCCGUAUUUGCGGAGAGUAGUGAAUGAUGGGGUCGUGGCCAUGCAUCCGAAGAAUCGCGUGUUUCAGAUGGUGAAGGAGGUGAAGUUCAGUGUGAAGAGGGUGCAGGGGCAGGCGGGCGAGGAUGCGUCGUAUCGGUGUGUGGUCAGGGUGGAUGGGGUGGAGGUUGUUGUGGUGGAGGGUUGUUUGUCGGCGGAGGAGGCGGAGGUGAGGGCUGCGAAUCGGGUGAUCGAGGCGUUGGGAUAG